AUGAAUUGUAAGGUUUGUCAAGAGAUAGCAUUACCAACAAUUCUUGGAGGUCUCAAACUAUGCGACGAAGAUCCAACGUCGAAAAAUCCAUUGAAUAAAUAUAAAUCAGUCGAUACACUUUAUGAUGUUAUUAUUCGUAUUAACAAUUUAUCGGAUUUACGUUCUGAAGAAUGGGAAAUCUUAGUUGGUAAACAUACCAAAUGUGUCAUACCAAUUCCAGUAAUAACAGAUAAUUCAAAUGAACCAUUAAAAGCAUCGAGUGAAGUGAAGGAAGGAGUCGUCGCAUAUAACCGAGGGAAAACGUAUUUAUUGAGAAAACUUCGUAAAGUUGAACUUCCAAGUGGAAAUUUAAUGUCGACGGAAGGAACUUCGAUUGCAGCUGGAAGAGAAACUAUAUCAAUCUAG